AUGGAAAAGUCAUGGAUGCUGUGGAACAUUGUUGAAAGAUGGUUAAUAGCAUUAGCAUCAUGGUCUUGGGCUCUCUGUCGUAUUUCUCUUCUACCUUUAAUAGUGACAUUUCAUCUGUAUGGAGGCAUUAUAUUACUUUUGUUAAUAUUUGUAUCAAUAGCUGGUAUUCUGUAUAAAUUCCAGGAUGUAUUGCUUUAUUUUCCAGAACAGCCAUCUUCUUCACGCCUUUAUGUUCCCAUGCCCACUGGUAUUCCACAUGAAAAUAUUUUCAUCAGAACCAAAGAUGGAGUCUGUCUAAAUCUUAUUUUGAUAAGAUACACUGGAGACAAUUCACCCUAUCCCCCAACUAUAAUUUAUUUUCAUGGGAAUGCAGGGAACAUAGGUCAUAGGUUACCAAAUGCAUUGCUUAUGUUGGUUAACCUCAAAGUUAAUCUUUUGCUGGUUGAUUAUCGAGGAUAUGGAAAAAGUGAAGGUGAAGCAAGUGAAGAAGGACUCUACUUAGAUUCUGAAGCUGUGCUCGACUAUGUGAUGACUAGACCUGACCUCGAUAAAACAAAAAUUUUCCUCUUUGGUCGUUCCUUGGGAGGAGCAGUGGCUAUUCAUUUGGCUUCUGAAAAUUCACACAGGAUUUCAGCCAUAAUGGUGGAGAACACAUUUUUAAGCAUACCACAUAUGGCCAGCACUUUAUUUUCAUUCUUUCCAAUGCGCUAUCUUCCUUUGUGGUGCUACAAAAAUAAAUUUUUGUCCUACAGAAAAAUCUCUCAGUGCAGAAUGCCUUCUCUUUUCAUUUCUGGACUCUCUGACCAAUUAAUUCCACCAGUAAUGAUGAAGCAACUUUAUGAACUUUCCCCAUCUCGGACUAAAAGAUUAGCCAUUUUUCCGGAUGGAACUCAUAAUGAUACCUGGCAGUGCCAAGGCUAUUUCACCGCACUUGAACAGUUCAUCAAAGAAGUAAUAAAGAGUCAUUCUCCAGAAGAAAUGACAAAAACAUCAUCUAAUGUAACGAUAAUAUAA